CAAAAAUUGUUCCAGAAGCUUCACAAGGGAGCAUCACCGCAAUAGACAUGAGCAAACCGUCCACGAGAAAAGGCGAGACUUUAAGUGCAAUAUUUGCAAUAGGCGUUUCGGUCGAAACGACAAUUUACGGGGGCAUAUUAGUCGAACCCAUAGCAAGGCCAAACGCUCAGACGACAGUCCUGGUCGUUGUCCACCUUUGGGGUCUGCUUCACAUCGCCGCGGACCCUCUCCACCUCGAAGGAGUGCCGAAGAGACGGUGGAGAGUGAAAUGCGCCGAAUCGCAGGCCUGGCUUAUGGCAUGGUACUUCAUGGUGAAGCGACGCAAGACCCAUGGAAUUCGUCGCACACAAGAUUCUCUUGUAAUCCCAGAGGGUUGUUGCAACUGGGAGCGCCGCCCCACGAACAGUUGGUCUGUCGCGAAACCUUGUGAUCUCCUCAUGCGAGCCCGGUUCGGCCUAGAGCAUUUCAGCACCUGGAUGAAAGGCAAUCAUGCCACUGGUGGAGGCAAUUGCGUCCAGGCAGCAGAGCGGCGCCUCAGAGCCUGGGUUGUGGAAAUGCUUAUUGUAGGCGCCGAGAACAUGUUUCAGUUGUCACUUUUGCAACUGCCUUUCAUCCACGAGAACGUGCUAGUAGAGUCAAGCUGAAGGGGCAGGCCUACACUUGCGUCCCUCUGCCACCGAGUCACCAACUUCCUGGGAAGUUCUCACCCCACGCUCCUCGAUUUCCCCACGCCUUCUUGGCAUCCUUGCUCACCCACUUGAAAAUGAGAUCAGCACCCCGCAUAAGAUCACCGAAGUCAUGCUGGGAGACCUAAAGAU